AUGGCCGAUCUAGUGACGUGUCGAGGUCGGGUAGUCAUUCGGUUCCGUACAGUUUCUCAUUUUAUUCAGAUCAUCUUUAACUCUUCUACUUUCUUGGUGAUCGCGAUGGAGUCCCAAGACCGGCUCCCUGAUGGGGUCAGCCACAGGAACCGGGUCUCCAUGGGAAUCACCGCGAUGGUGACCUUUUUGGCGACCAUUUUUGUUGGUUUGCGUCUGGCUUCGCGACUUCUCACAGUCAAAAUAAAAUCCGACGAUUGGGUCUGCCUCGCAGCUCUGAUAUUCGCGUACGCCACCCUAACCACUACCGUACUCACCGACACUGUUGGCCGCAGCGGUUGGGAUAUCUCACAGUAUGACCGUUUUACUAUCGAGCGACGCAGCAAGAUUGUGCUCGCGAACAAUUGCCUCUACAACACGACGGUAUCCCUGGCUAAAAUAUCGAUCAUUCUCUACUAUCGGCGUAUUUUCACCACUUCAAGAACAUUCGUGGCCGCGACCUGGGCCAUGGGCGGGCUUAUUCUGGGAUACUGGCUCGCCUGCAUAUUCGGGUUAAUCUUUGCGUAUAAUCCUGUCCAGGCACAGUGGAAAUCGUGGUUGCCUCACACGAGUAUCAACAACCAGGCCUUCUGGAUGGCCAUGGGCAUCAUCAACAUAGUAUACAACAUUACCAUACUAUGCAUGGCCCAGCCAUUGGUGUUUUUGCUCUGGGCGGAUUGGAAAAGCGGCGGAUUCACCUUCACGAGGCUAAACCAGUUUCCAUGGACAGACACGCUCUACCUUGCAGGAAUCUGGACGGCGGUGGAGUCUAACCUCAGCAUAAUCUGUGCCUGCCUACCUAUGCUUCCUAGCCUCGUCAAGCAUUUUCGGGGUCGAUCCGAACGAGGGCUGUAUUCGGCGGGCUUGGGAGAGUCAAGAAUGUAUCUCCGCCGCCUGGAUGGGGCAAUAUCGUUCUCAAAGGCUACAGCAAAAGGUUCAAACAGUUUUAUCAACCCGAAUACUUGCUCUCAGGUACGCAUUCAGACGGAUGUCGACAUUGAGUGGGACCCGAGGCGCUCCUCUAUCGAGUAA